CGACAAGAUUCACGCUGGUUUUGAAUGCAUCUGCUGGUUCUGCGAUACUGUCACCCUUCGUGUACUGUGUAGUCAGCAGCAACCUCGUGCUGUUGUGGAAAUUUGUGUGUAAUAUUCUCCAGACUGUAGAACUGAAGCGAUGGACCAGGAGCCAACUAAGUGGAUAAAAAAAGAUGAAACUGAAGUAGUACAAACUGAGUUACACUUCAUAGGCCAAGAUUAUCCAUGCAGCAUGAAUGUAAAAGAAGAGUUGGAGGAGGGUGUGAAUAAAGAGUUUCUUGAAGACCCAUUAAAGGCUGGCGACCCUAGUGUUUGCAUAAAGCAAGACCCCGAACUGAAACACCAUGCUGCUGGAUCUGAGCAUAAUUCUGUUGAAGAUCCAUUGGGAAUAUCUUUGUCCACUGAUUUUAUUAAGGAGGAUCCUGAAUUAAAUAUAACUGAGAAUACUGUGGAAACCUCAACAAGAUGUGCAUCUGAUAGUGCAAGAUUUACUCAGACUACUGGUGGGAGGUGCAGCAUAUCAUGUGAAGAACCUUGUCACCAUAGACUGGUCCAGGAUGAGUUGGUGAUGGACAUGGAGAAGUCAACACAUGGGUUCAGUACCAAUACAGAAGAUAUGACUAUUGAUAAGGAAUGCUCAGUUGCCACCCAAUAUGACUGUAGUACGAGGGAAAAGGAAUUACAUGUAUAUAGCUGUAAUUUCUGCCAACAGAGCUUUUCUUCAAAAUACAGACUCAUAAUGCAUGUGUUUACGCACAUUGGUGGAACGCAACCACCUUCGUAUGUUUGUAAGUGGUGUGGUGAGGUAUUUCACUGUAAUGUUGGCUUGAAAAAGCAUAUGAGAAUGAGUGAGAAUUGUCGAGUUUUAACUGCAGACAGUCAUGAAAAAUAUGGACAUAGUGAUGAGCAUCAAACCACUACCUCGUUGGAUAGCAAGGCAGAAGUUUCUGUCACAGAACACAAUGACCAGUCUUCAUGUAAGGAAACUUGGAAAGAUUCAAAGAAGCCCUCUAAUGACAUAUGUAACACACAUAUGACAAAUGAUAGAGAGAAAACAAGUUAUUAUGGAACUUCGUCUAUAGCUGUUAAUGUCAGUGCCCAGGCUGAUCUACGUAAUGCAAACAGAACUCACAGAUGUGGUAUUUGUGGCAAAUUGUUUGCUAGGUCUGGUGAUUUCAAUAGACAUGUUUCCAUUCAUACUGGGAAAAGACUUCACAAAUGUGAUAUUUGUGAGAAAUGGUUUGCCCAGUCACGUUAUCUAAAGGCUCACACAUUAAUUCACACUAGGAAGAAACCUUACAUGUGCGAGAUUUGUGGGAAAUCUUUUAUUAUGAUAGGUGACUUCAAGAAACACACAUUAAUUCACACUGGAAAUGAACCUCACAAAUGUGAGAUUUGUGGGAAAUCUUUUACUAAGUUAGAUAAUCUCAAGCAACACUCAUUAAUUCACACUGGAAAGAAACCUCACAAAUGUGAGAUUUGUGGGAAAUCUUUUGCUGCGUCAGGCGCUCUCAAAAAACAUUCAUUAAUUCACACUGGAAAUAAACCACAUAAAUCUAAUGUGUGUGCAGUAACUGUGGAGCUUGCAUUAACAGCUUUGCAUGCUGUAAUGCAGGAAGAAGCAGAUGGAGAGAAAGAAGAGUAG